AUGCGUCUGAUCCAGAACAUGUCAACCAUCGCGGAGUUUGCGGCCCCAGAGUGUCCGUCCAAACGGACUAUCAAAAUAGCGGUGAUUGGGGGCAGCGGAGUUGGCAAAACAGGUAAAUUGACAAAUCCGUUGAACUAAAUGAUUUGACAACUGUAUUUCAGUAACUGAUAUAAAUUCAUAGGCUACAUGAUGAUUAACUUAUGGUCUUGUAUUCCAGCUCUGGUAGUAAGAUUCCUGACAAGGCGCUUUAUCGGCGACUAUGAGAGAAACGCAGGAAACCUUUAUUCAAGAGAGGUCCAGGUGGACGGAGGAGAGCAAGCAGCCAUCCAAGUCCAGGACACGCCGGGUGUUGAUGUAAGUUCACUAUCUGCCGUUUGCUACGUUCCCAAAUGCGCUCGAGACCGCUGCGUUUGAGUGCCCACAGACCAACAUUAUUUAGGCUAGUCCACCAGAGCCUCUCUGUGAUCAGUGUGAGGUUUUAUGAAUGAUUAAAUCAGUAUUUACAGUAGUCGCAUAACCAUAGUAGGCUAUGUGGAGUUUGAGCUUUCUGUUCGGAGUUCUUCCCUCCCUGCUCUGGGCAGUGGUCCAAACCCGCAUAGUUUUUUUCUUACUAAAGUACAGAGCCUUUUAGUCUAGCGUUCUAAUUUCCCAUUCAGAGGAGAGGAUGUUUGAGCCAGGGGUAAAUGAUACCCCACUUCUGGCUCCUCAAUCACCCUCACCCUGACCCCCUUUACUCACUCAGCAGGAGAGGAGUAACAUUACAGCCCACUGGUUGACUAGACUACAGCACUCCAUUCAUUAAAAAAUACCUGUUGAAUAAUGAUGGGAACAUGUUUGGUCUGGCAUGAAUUUAAAUCACUUAGCUGUGAGUCUGUCUAGGUUGGAUUUUAUUAAGUUAAUGUAUUUUUAACACUGUUCCAAAUGGGUUCCAAUGUAACAGUUCUCUAACCAUGAUCUCCUCCAUGUUCUCCUCAGGUGACAGGUAACGGCUUCAGCCUCCCUGAUCAUGUGACCUGCUCCAUCCAAUGGGCCGACGCCGUGGUGUUGGUCUACUCUGUGACUGACCGCCAUAGCUUCGACCUGAUUGGCCAGUUGCACCAGCUGGUGGCCCGCGCAGGUGGGGCCAACGUGCCGCCUGUCAUCCUGCUGGCCAAUAAGGCGGACCUGCUGCACAUGAGGCGGGUGGAUGCCGAACAGGGUCCCCUGCUGGCGGUGGCGCUGGGCUGCUCCUUCUACGAGGUGUCAGCCAGUGAGGACUACAGCCAGGUGCAUGAGGCGUUCCACAGGCUGUGCUGCCACAUGGCAAAGCAGCAGCCCCAAGCCUCCCUGUCCUCCCACACCACCACAACUGGAGCAGCAGAAAAGAAGGGGCGCUCACCCCUCAUCCCCAGGCCCAAGUCCCCCAACAUGCAGGACCUGAAGAGGCGCUUCAAGCAGGCUCUGUCGGCUAAAGUCAGGACGGUCACCUCUGUGUGA